ACAAAAGAAAUAUCUCCAAGCCUAUCAAAAACAGACACUGGUUAUGCAGAACAAGAAGAGGAAGAUAUCGAACACUAGCAAACUCCGAAGGACCUAAGAAAGACCAGCAUAGGAGAUAUGUCGGCCUCUCUAGGACUUGCUCAUCAAUCCCUAGCGCCGAAACACUCCGAUUUUCGUCACGUCUAUCUCAAUACCAGGAAGCCCGUUUCGAGCUGCAGGCAGAGAUAUGGAGUCGUCACGUGUUGUGGCGGAAGGGCCAAAAGGAGCUUUAGAUCAGAAAAGAACUACUACGAGCUGCUCGGGGUUUCGGCAGAUUCGAGCUCGCGAGAAAUCAGAGAAGCUUAUAGGAAGCUGCAAAAGAAGCAUCACCCUGAUGUCGCGGGCCAAAAGGGUCAUGAGUAUACUCUGCUGCUGAACGAGGCUUAUGCGGUGUUGAUGAGAGACAAUCUAAGGAGAGACUACGAUGCCAUCACCGGUCAAGCGAGGACAAGAUUCAGAGGAGACUGUUCGAACAUAGGUUAUAGCUCGUGGAAAGGGCCUCUAAGAUCGCAGGCUCUGUUUGUAGAUGCAAAUGCAUGCAUAGGAUGCAGAGAAUGCGUGCAUCACUCGAGCAACACGUUUGUCAUGGACGAAGAACUUGGAUGCGCUAAAGUGAGAGUCCAGUAUGGGGAUGAUGAGCAGAAGCUGCAGGUGUCGGUGGAGUCGUGCCCGGUGAACUGCAUAUACUGGGUGGAGAGGGAAGAGCUAGGACUGCUGGAGUUUCUGACACAGCCUCAGCCGAAGGACGGUUAUGGCGUGUUUGGCGGCGGCUGGGAAAGACCUUCAAAUGUUUUCAUGGCAGCAAAGACACUUUCCAAGCAACUCAAAGAACAACCCGCGACUGCCACACCCUUCACAGCCACAGCAGCAACUGAAGAGGAAACACCUGCUCAAGCUAAGGCACGGGCCGAUGCUAGCAUGAAGAUUAAAAUGGAGAAGUUCUCGAGAUUCUGGAAACUCAUCGAACUUUUCGGCUUAAACACAUGGAAUAAGAAGUGAAUAAGCAGAUCAAGCAUUCGAGAGAGGUCUCUUUAAUGCCAGCAAUACAGUAGGUGAGAAAUUUGGCCAAGAGAAAAACCAUGGAUGAUAAAGUACGAGCUUCAAUGCAAGCAUUCAAUUGCAAGGAGACGCUUCUCCAGUUCGUAUCUGUACAUAGCUUCGUGACUUAUAAUAGCACCACAAUGAAAAUGAAAUUACAUUUCGCAGUUGUCAACUAUGCAUCAUGCAUCAUCCUGUCAUGAAUAGUGAAAUGUAGCAAUUUAUUGCUUGUUGAUAGA